CAUCGCAAAUGGUCACAUCCGAAGGGAACGUAUAUUUAGGGAACGCGAGGACUUACUCGCAAAUGAUGACGAUUGGCUCAUGAGCCGAUUUCGUUUCCCCAGGCCAGUAUUACUGGAGCUGUGCGCAGAGCUGCGGCCGGCCCUAGAGCGCCACACAGCCAGGAGCCAGGGGUUGUCCGUGCCCACACAGGUGCUGACCACGCUGGGGUUCCUGGCAACAGGGGCCUUCCAGCGGGAGCUGGCCGAUCGGUCAGGAGUGUGCCAGUCCACCCUGAGCCGAGCCAUGCCAGCUGUGUGGGACGGAAUCAUCCGAAUGUCAUCCAGGUACAUCAAAUUCCCAUACAAUGCUGUUGAACAGGCCCACAUUAAAGCGCAAUUUGCAGCAACAGCCGGUUUCCCUAAUGUAAUCGGAGCUGUUGACUGCACACAUAUUGCCAUAAAAGCGCCAUCACAGGAUGAAUUUGUUUACGUUAACAGGAAACACUUUCAUUCUAUCAAUGUCCAAGUGAUAUGUGAUGCGCAAAUGCAGCUCCUUAACAUCGUGGCAAGGUGGCCUGGUUCAACGCACGAUUCAUUCAUUCUGACCAACAGCAUGGUUGGGAACAGGCUGGAGGCUGGCACUGUGCGCGAUGGGUGGCUUCUGGGGGACCGUGGCUACCCCCUAAGAACGUGGCUGAUGACCCCUCUUACGAACCCCAACACCGACCAAGAGAGGAGGUAUAAUGACCUCCAUUCCCGGACGCGAAUAAUUGUGGAGAGGGCAAUCGGCCUGCUGAAGGGACGGUGGCGAUGCCUGGACAGGUCGGGGGGGAUGCUACUCUACAGACCUGAGAAGGUGUGCCACAUUGUGAUGGCCUGUGGCAUCCUCCACAAUGUGGCACACCGCCAUGGCAUACCACUGCCAGAGCAGCACAACCCCCCACUGGAGGAACCGGAUGCCGGACCCGUCAACUGCAACCCACCCCGAGGAGCCAUACGGGCCCGGCAGAAUGUGAUUUCAAGCAUGUAAAGAGCACAGCUCGGUUGAGGACACGGCCGGUCGGGUGGUUGGCAGAUGAAUUGGAGGCGCCGCGUGCAGCGGAGCCGGUGGAGAAACCGGAGUCAGCGGUGACGCUGGAGACGCCGGGGCCGACGGAGGAGACGCCGGGGCUGGAGACGCCGGGGACGACGGAGGAGACGCCGGAGGAGACGCCGGGGGACGACGGAGGAGACCCCGGGGGCCGACGGAGGAGACGCCGGGGCCGACAGAGGAGACGCCGCGGCCGACGGAGGAGACGCCGGGGCCGACGGAGCAAACCGUGCCCUCUCCUUGCUUGUCUAUUCAAAAAUAAAAAAUCUAAGUUAAUAAACACGAGUCAAAGUCUUUAAUAUCCUGGCAUCUUUACGCACGACUUAUGUGUAUUGUAAGCAGCCAAUUGUAUGACCAGUAUAAUUACAGCAUUUAUGAAUUCAGCAUAUUUACCUUGGGGAUGAUCGGUGUCCCCUUCAUGGGCUCCCACCACUCCGGUGAGAGCUGUGUCACCGAUCAAAGCGGCCACUCUCAAAUCGAAGGGGGAGAGUUCCCCCACUCCCGUCCCCCCACCUGUUGCGGUCACGCUUCGGCGGUGGGCAGAAACCCUCCGCUUCACCUCCACCUUGAGGUCUGACCACUUUUUUUUAAUUUCAGAGUGUGUGUGCUGCUGAGACCCCACUGCAUUGACGGCCUCGCAAACACGCUCCCACUCAUUUUUCUUUUGUUUAGCAUUUAUCCCUGUUGACAGGGUACCAAAUAACAUAUGCUUGCGCAUUUCUACCUCGUGGAGCAAAAUCUCGAGCUCGGACUCCGUGAAGUUGCGUUUUUUAACUCUGUUCAUGGUGCCAGGCGAUCGGAUUAAGAGAUGAAUCUCAGGUCCAGAGGCCUAUUUAAAUGAAAUUGCAUAUUUAAAUGAGGGCGUGGACAGGGAGGAGUUUGGCACGUCGGCAUGUGCGCUCAAUUCCACGUUGAUUGAGAUGUACAAAAGAAACGUGCUUGGAUCCAUGCGUUCGCACACUUUGAUACAUCUGAAUUUAUUUGUGCGUAAGACAGUUUCUGGGUUUUGGCGUACGCCAAGUUUCAGUAUGAAAUCCACGCAAGUCUUAGUACAUGAGGCCCCAGGUCCUCAACAGGCUUGCCCCAGUCGUUGAACCAGCCGUCGUCCCUCAACAAGCUGGAUUCCGACCCGUCAAAUCCACAACAAGUCAACUUCUGAAUCUCACACAGCACAUAGAAGACGGGUUCCAUAAAGGUCUGGUGACAGGAGCCGACGCCGUCUUUGUUGAUGUCUGCCGCAUGUGACUCUGUGUACCUCCGCCUCCUCCUGAAAAAGAUCUUGGAGAAGACCUGGCACUGACAGACCUCAUCUGAGCCCUCUUGAAAGAUAGGCAUUUCUUUGUUGUCCUUAACAACAAGCAAACGGAAUAGCUUACCUCAAGGUAGUGUGCUGGCUCCACUACUAUAUAACAUCUACACCAAUGAACAGCCAAUGGACAAGACCACUGAACGGUUCAUCUACGCUGUCGACCUCUGUGUAACAUCCCAAGAGAACACGUUUAAAGCUGUAGAAGCGAAUCUCACCUCAGCCCUAGCUGAGCUACACUUCUACUACAAGCGCAACCACCUGCACACAAACCCUGCGAAGACCCAAGCCUGCUCGUUCCAUCUCAGGAACCGGGAAGCAAACAGACCUCUUAACAUCACAUGGUCUAGAGCA